UGAGAGUUGUAAACGAAGCGCGUGCUUGAACAACAUUGCAGGGUUGAAAAUAAAGCGUGCGGCUUCUCACAACCGAUUCAGCACCGCGGCCUGGCACAAGCCCGGAUCCUGCUCAUCGCUGCCGCUUUUCAGUCCGAUGAUCCGUCUGCUUUCCAUCACUGCGGCUGUUCUCCACCAUUUUGUUGAAGUUUUCUACCAUCCUACACAGCGCGUGAGUGUAGAGUAGAGAGAGAGAGGGCUUCGGCUCUGGAGGCUUUUGUUUGCUCCCUGACAGGGUGCCGUCUUUCGGAGCUCUCACUCGACAGCCGCAGACCAGAGCGCAGCCUUGCUCGGUUUCUAAUCUUUCAGAUUGGCUGCAUUGUUUAUCCGGUAGAAUUUUGGAUCCGGUGAACCUGGCAGGCAGUGGAGACAAAAUAACAGGAGCUAACUUAAGUUAGCCCCGCAGCUCCGUCCCUAUUGUUUUGAGUUCCGUCACCACCCGAGCCCUGCGCGCUUCAACCCAUCAUCACCAGAUAGAUAGAUAUAUAUUUUUUAAAUUAAAGUCUUCAUCCUGCUUUUAAAGAAUGUGCUCUCAGGUGUGGUUUGUGACCGACCGGCGCAUUAGCCAGGAGUAUCCUCAAGUUCAGAUCCUGAGGGCUCUGAAGGAAAGAUGCGCCGAGGACGACGUUGAAUUCCGUUAUCUAUUAAUGGAUGAGAUCGUUAUAACCAUCACGGACGGACAGUUGGGUCUGCGAGUGGGACAGGAGGUGGUUACGUCAUACCCGCAGGUGGCUGUGGUGCGUGUUCCGACUCCAUGGGUGCAGUCGGACAGUGACAUCACCGUUCUGAGGCAUCUGGAGAAGAUGGGCUGCCGUCUGGUCAACCGGCCCCAGGCCAUCCUUAACUGUGUCAACAAGUUCUGGACCUUUCAGGAACUUGCUGGACAUGGAGUCCCACUACCUGAUACUUUCUCCUACGGUGGCCAUGACAACUUCCGUAAGAUGAUUGAUGAAGCAGAGCCAUUGGGUUACCCGGUUGUGGUGAAAAAUGCUCGAGGACACCGGGGUAAGGCAGUGUUUCUGGCACGGGAUAAGCACCACCUCGCUGACCUGUGCCACCUAAUCCGGCAUGAGGCACCGUACUUAUUCCAGGAGUAUGUAAAAGAGAGCCAUGGGCGAGACGUGCGUGUGGUGCUCGUGGGCGGCAGAGUGAUUGGCUCUAUGCUGCGCUGCUCAACAGAUGGACGCAUGCAGAGCAACUGCUCCCUCGGUGGCGUGGGUGUGAUGUGCCCUCUGAAUGAGCAGGGCAAGCAGCUGGCUGUGCAGGUGUCCAACAUCCUGGGCAUGGACGUGUGCGGUAUCGACCUGCUGCAGCUGAAUGACGGCUCGUUCGUGGUUUGUGAGGCCAAUGCUAAUGUAGGCUUUAUCGCGUUCGACCAGGCAUGCGGGAUCGACGUGGCCGGUAUCGUGGCAGACUACGCCCUGUCGCUGCUGCCCAGCCGCCUCAGCCGUAAGAUGUCCCUGCUUUCCGUGGUGUCCAGCGCCAGCGAGACCAGCAGCGAGCCUGAAGUGUGUAUCCCCCCAGAGGCAUGCCCACCCGUCCCACCCUGCGCCAUCCCAGACACCAUCCCUGAUGCUGUCAGCACCAUGAGCACCAGCUCCACCUCCAGUGAGAGUGAUGCGGAGCUUGUUGAGAUCAGCCAUGCCCAGAGUGUGCCCGACCCCCCGUACAACAUCAACUCCCUCCUCGCAAAGGAGAUUAAACUAUUGACUGAGUGAGCUGAAAACACCAACCACGUGUACAAACACUCUUACAUACACCGUACAUUCAUAUGCAUACAUAGACAGACAGUACAUGUACACAUGCAAAUAAGCAUACAGUGGUCAAAUGUGCACACACACACACACACACACACACACACUUGUGUUUUUGUACUAACCCAUCCUGUAAACCCUGAAACUGAUCUGAGGCUGCUCCCCUGACGGUGACUGCAAAAGUGCAGUGUACACUCUGACCAAGCUUCAGUGAGUGGGUGAGUGAGAGAGAGAGCGCCACUGUAUUUCAGGGUGCACUGUACUGGAGAGUGGUUUUAGAUUGGAAAAGGUUUGAGAAUACAUCCCCCACCCAAGGUAUAGUGAAAGCCCAACACUACUGCAAAGCUUUUCAAGCAUGUAGUGUAGGGUGUUGCAUUGAUUUUUAAUAUGAAGGAAUCCCAAACGUGCGCUCCAACCGGGUGUGUUUUGCACCCUGUCAAACACACAGACAUUCGUGCAUCAGCAUGAAGGACUGGAAAAGCUGUACAUAUUCUCUUCCCAGUACAGUGGACUGGUACACAGUUGGACAGAGUAAGAAUGAAUUCACCAUGUUUUAUAGCUUCAGCGCUUGUCUGCAUUUAAUAAACAACUUCUCACACAAGCACGUCAAUUUAGGGAAUUAAGAUUUUACUCUUAAUUACAGACCUGGAACAAGGCUCAAGUUUUUCAGUUCCACUUAGAAGUUGGGUAAAAAAAAAAUGCAACUGAGAGAAAGAGCGCACGUUGGCAAUUCAUUUACUUUUGGACUCGUAAUAGGUGUCAGGAUAACAGACUUUGUACAAUCUCCUUACAGUACGCAGAAAGUGAAGUAGGUUAUAGAAGAUACCUCAAUUGAAAAUGUUUGAUUUCCCCUAUUCAGUAUCACUAUGGGACUGUUUGGUUAAUGAGGCAGCCAUUUUAGAGUACCUCCUGUUCCCCAUUUUACGCAGGGCUGUUUAAACAUUUCUGAACCAGUCAGGGAGCAACUGCAAUGAGAGAAACACAAGUAUGUGUUUUAAAUGUACCACAAAUUCUCUCCGAGUCCUCUCGCUCAUCUGGCCAAUACCAGUACAGACCUGCUUAUGCAGUAUGCACCACACCUAAUGUCCACUUCACCCCUUCUGAUCAGAAUCUGAGCAAUGAGCUACAUAGAACAAGUAUUAUGUAUGAUGAACGUUUAUUAGACUUAUGCGUACUGCACCAUGUGAUUUUUUUUUUUUUUUGCCAACACUAAAAUCUUAAAAGCUGUUUGAAAUUUUUGUAUGACAAAUAAUAAAAUGUACCAUCAUCUCAGAUGGGUCCAACCCAGUGGUGUACAGACUGGUGCUGUUCAGAAAAUAAAGAUGUUGAAUUUUUGGUAAAGCUGGAAA